AUGUUCUGCGCACCUCUGGACUACGACAGUCUGCCUCGACGACGAUCAACAUGGGAAGCGAGCAAGACGCAUCAAGAGUUGGCUGCGGAGGAAUUCGCUCGACGGGAAAGUGUCACCUCUGCUGCUUCUCGCUCUUCGUCCGCUGCGAGCAAGACGGUCGGCAAGGACAGUAGGCGCAACAGCAACUUCUUCCGUUGGUUCCAUCACGGCGAUAAGAAGCGUGCAGCCAGCCCGGCUAGCAGAUCAUCGGUAAGGAUUCCAUGUCCCACGGCCACGUUCUGCAUUUCUGUUUCUGACUUGGACCGAAGGAGGCCGCUGCCGACAGGCUGGCGACAGAUCAGCGAUCCUGAACGACGAGCGGAGAAGGACCAGGUACUUCGCACUACACGGCGUGUAGGGCAUCACGCUUGCGGAUCAUGCGAGUCGUCAUCCGAGCCGGUUGUUGUUAUCAUGAAGAGGGACCGACGACUCGAGCGAAGUACUUGGGACAGACGUUGAUUCAGGUAUCGGACGGUGAGUUUCCGUUACACAAAUGACGCUGUUUCAAAGCUGAGAACGCUUCCAGAACUAAAAGACGGCUUCCGAAUAAUGACGACAGCACACAGCGAGUGACAGGCAGGAAUGCGAACUGGAACGCAACAGUACAGACAUGUUUUAUGCUGGGGAUCCUCGACUGGGCAUGUAGCAGAGCCGUGCCGCUGACGUGGUGGAGGGCAACGACAAACCCGAACCCCGGCUAUUGUUGUUGUUGCUGUUGUUGUUGUUGUUGUUGUUGAUGUUGUCACGCAGCACAUCAUCAUCGACUGUCACGCUUGAUCUAGACCCGUAAUGAGUAAUGUGUAUAUAUAUAUCCUCGGUAUUCGCACGUCUUACUUAGGUUCCUUCGCGCAUUUGCAGACGUCGACGAAUCUUCGAUCUACAACAUCGGACCCCACGCUGGAGGUAUCGCAGGACCGCGUCGUCACAGAUAAGAAAACACGCGCUGCCUUGCACUUCAUCCCUCGUCAAACGCGAUUGGCGGGACGAGUGUCCUUGUGACUGAGUGCCAUAUUCGUAUUCGUCGAAGGAAAAAGAGAAGACAACAGCGCCUCCCUACUUUGCAGUCAACUUCGUCACCAAAGACCCGGAUGUCUUCCACGACGACCAUGAUCCCCACCAGCGCCCUGAACCCUCUAGGGCAGGUCUUCGAACGCCAGUUCAUUCGCGCCUGGGAGCUCUUUCAAGAAGAACGAUUCGAAGAAGCCAACGCCAUCAGCGUGCGACUCGUCAAAGAGCCGCUCAUUGGUGAUCUGCAUAAGGCUGGUUGCCAUUUGAUCUUAGCCCAUUCGCCCGAUAACUAUGUGUGAGUAGCUGGUCCAUCUAACGUCGUUGUGGCGGUGGGUGCUAAUGACCUUUGUCGCAGCUGGCACGCAGAACAGGCCGUCGUUCUGUUUCGAAGAUUGUAUCCGGAUCCGAAGAACCCACCCGAUGCAGAGCAGAGACAUAGUCAGGAGGAACUUGUGAGGAUGGCCGAGGGUGUUUUGGAGCAGGCGAGGGCGGAUGCGAAGGCGUAUGUCUCCCAUCGUGCUAGAGAGAGAGAGAGAGCUUGCGAUGCUGAUUGAAUACGUUCAAGGUACUCCCCAACUUCGAAGGCCAUCUCACCACACAACGAUGUGCCCUUAGAGGCAAAGAGAAUGACUACGCAGAAAUUGCGGUCCAUCCUGAGUUCAAGGAAGACUGGAUGA